CAACACUGCUUUGUUUUUGUGUGUCAUUGUCAGAAAGAUUCAUAAAUAAAUACAGAUACAAAACGUUUUCCCAUCAAUUGAUCUUUACGCAUUCAAAUCCGAUCGCUAUGAGUGACGUUCAGACCUUGGUCGAUAUGGGAUUUCCCCAGGAGCGCGUGGUAUACGCUAUGCAGGUGACCGGCAGCAAGGGCGUGGAGCCGGCCAUGGAGUGGCUGCUGGCCCAUAUUGACGAGGAGAUUCCAUCCGCUGGAAUGCGUGAAGCCGCAGGGUCAGCAGUAGCAGCAGGACCCUCCGCCAGUGGCGACGAGUCGGCCCCAGCUCCCAGCAGCAGCGGCGUCGGAGGCGCUGUCGAAAACUCUGACGAAUCGACGGUGCCCAAGUCGUUAAAGUGCGACGACUGCGGCAAAGUGCUGAAAGAUCAUUCGGAAGUCGAAUACCAUGCUGCCAAGACUGGCCACAGCAACUUUUCUGAGUCGACGGAUGAGAAGAAACCUCUCACCGAGGAGGAGAAGAAGGCCCAACUGGCCGUGAUCGAGGAGAAGCUCAAGCAGAAGCGCAUUGAGCGCGAGGAGCGCGAAAAGGUGGAUGCCCUGGAGCGCGAGAGAAAUCGCAUUCGAUCGGGUAAGGACAUGACCGAAGCGAAGCGUCGCAUGGAGGAGAUCGAGAUGAAAAAGAUCGUGGAUCAGCGCAAACGCGAAAAGGAGGAGGAGAAGGUAGCCCGCGAUCGGGUUCGUGCUCAAAUAGAGGCCGACAAGGCCGCCCGCAAGGCCAGAGAAAAUAAAGAAAUACCCAACUCGGAGCCGGCUCCGUCCGUCACCUCGACCACGGUCAGCUCUCCCACCGGCGUUAAGUCGCCGCCACGCGACUAUACUGAGACCCGCAUCCAAGUGCGUCUGCAGGAUGGCUCCACCCUUACCGAGACCUUCAACGUGAAGGAGCAGCUGUCGGCCGUGCGCGUGUUCAUUCAAGUGAAGACCGGUAUAGAGACACCCUUCUCCCUGAUGACCACGUUUCCGCGCAAGCUCUUCGCCGAGGAGGACUACGAGAAGCCGCUAGAGGUGCUCGGCCUGGUGCCCUCCGCCGUCAUCACCAUGACCAAGACGGCUGCGUAAGGGGAGCACCGCAGCGACAGCAACUACUAGAAUAUCUAAAUCUAUCAACGCGGCGCGAUAUUCCCCCUCCACCCCUCAAAACAACACUUUAAAGUUAAAACAUACGAUUUUAUAUUAUAUUACAUAUAACUAAAAGUAAAAA